AUGAAGACUGCUAUCUUCUCGACUCUGUUACCCCUUGUCCUGGCUCUCCCAGCCCCCCAGGGGAUUAAACAGACACAGUCAACCGAGGGAAAGUUGCCUUGGAAGAAAGGCAGCGUAUGCCUGGCACUCACGGAAGACUGUAUGGGAACGAUUGGAUGGUGUAACGCCGAGGCGCAACGCCUGAAGGAGUUCGGCGCUCGUGAGAAGUGCCUCGCCCAAAGAGAGCGCCGUCCUGCCGACGCACCUAAACUUCCCUGGAUGAAAGGUACCGGUUAUGACUGUGCCUAUGCUCUCACUCCCGAGGAGAGAUGUUAUGGCACUGCACUUUUCUGCCGUGAGGGACUUUACCCCCAGGGUCAAUAUAGGGACGAGCAGGAAUGCUUGUCUGACAGAGAGGAUGCUCCGAAAGAUGCCAAGAAGCAGCAGAGCCUCCCAGAGGCAGAACUGAAGGCGAAGAAGCCAUUCCUUCAGCCCGCGCCCGACAGCGACACUUCGUGCAUGACCUUCGACCGCGGCAGUGAGCGCUGUGUUGGAACCAAGUACUACUGUACCAAUGACAUCAUGAAGUUCCCCUACACCGACGAGGAUGGCAGUGUCUACAAUAAUGCCGCUGAGUGUCUGGAUGCCCGGGAAUCUGAGCCUCAAUCUGCCGAUCCCGAUCGCAUUGUGUUCCCUGAUAACUAG